AUGUUCACAUCCAUGGAACUGUUGCACGAACAGAGGAGAGGCAAGUACUUGGCACCGCCUGUUACACCUACCACUCAUCGAGGUAGGCCAGUAUAUCUCUCACGUCAGUUCCAAACCAUCUCCAAGUGUCCGGAACAGCCACGAGAUAUAGCUAAGUCAGCCAUCUCGUAUGCCCCAGAACAUGGCAGCAGUAUGAGCAAAGAGAAUCAAGAUCUAGGCAAGCUCAAAGUGGACGCCGAGUCCUUCAGAUCGCAGCUGCUACAGUCUUCGAGCAAGGAUGAGGCUCUUCAGCUGGCCAUCAAGGCUGCGGAGACGUCGAUGCAGGCUAUGAAGCUGGCAACAGAUCCGGCUGAGAAGGAGAGCUUGUCCACUCGAUUCAAACAGCUUUUAACCGAAGCAGAACAAAUCAAGACAAGCGAUGAUUGGAGGCAAGUGGUCGAGUCGCGCGAGAAACGUCCAGCUGCGCCACCUACCACAGCGAGGGUACUCAAGGAGCCGACAUCAACGCGGAAGCUGUCCAAGCAGGAGCAGAUAUUAGUACUGAAGGCCAGCUAUCUAAGUGGUUUCAAAUUCCCGCCUUGGAGCGAGGCACCUAAGGCCCAGGAGUUUGAGCUGGGCGAGGAUGAUGAGCUUUUCCUAGAAACGCCAGAACUCGCUCUUUCGGAACUUCAGGAAGACGUGCUGGACGACUGGAAGCGACCGGCCGAUGCUCUUCCACCACCAUCAUGGUUUCCGGACGAGCGCACUAAUCUUGGCCCCUCCAUGACAUAUACACAAAAGGUCGAUCUGGUUCAAGAUGCCGCGACCGACUGUUCUGUGGUCGCGUCUCUCUGCGCUGGGGUUGCUCGAGCGGAGAAAGGGCACAGCAAGCUACUCCGAUCUGUCCUCCAUCCAUACGAUGCUGCGAGCGGACGGCCUCUGAUUUCGAGAAAUGGCAAGUAUGUGGCGCGCCUCAACUUCAACGGCUGCUACCGUAGAGUUGUCAUUGAUGACCGCCUACCAACAAGCUCUACAAGCCGAGUGAUCCAUGUGGUAGAUCGGCAAAAUCCGGGCUUGCUUUGGCCAGCUCUGAUCGAGAAGGCUUACCUGAAAGUCCGAGGUGGCUAUGACUUUCCAGGGAGCAACAGCGGCACGGACAUCUGGAUCUUGACGGGCUGGAUUCCAGAGCAAGUCUUUCUACAAGCAGACGAACUGGAACCUGAUCGGUUGUGGAGACGGAUUAGCAAUGCAUUCAUCUACGGAGACGUAUUGGUUACGAUGGGCACUGGUAAGAUGUCAAGUAGGACCGAAAAGGAGCUUGGCUUGGCCGGAGAGCACGACUAUGCUGUUCUGGAUUUGAAGGAGACUGGAGGUCAGCGACUCUUCUUGAUAAAGAAUCCAUGGUGCGAAGGGCCCAGUUGGCGUGGGAAGCUGGAGAGCGCGAAGCGUGCGGAGGACGCAGGUGAUGGGAAAUCCUCAAACGAGCCUUUGCCUCAAAUGGAGGCUUCAAAUGAGCCCGUCCAGAACUCUCGCGAUCUGCUGAACGCAGACGAUCAACUAUCUCCUGGGACGUUUUGGAUGGACAUUGACAACGUCAUCCAGCACUUUGAAUCCAUCUACCUGAACUGGAAUCCAGGGCUGUUUGCUCACAGACAGGAUGUGCACUUUACCUGGGACUUGGUUCCAUCAGACAGUGGCCUGAACCAUCCGCGAGGAGCGUAUGCCAGCUUGAACCAGAAUCCGCAGUACACGGUCACCUCUGAGAAGGUGGGCGUGACUUGGGUACUGUUGUGGAGGCAUUUUCAGAACGCCGUCCCACCCGAUGCCACUGAGGAGGAGAUCGCGGCAGACAGAUAUGGCAUCGAGCUCAGUGGGCACAUGUCACUGAUCGCGUUUCGAUCCAGUGGCCGUCGGGUACUGCUUCCGGAUAAAGCGAUCGAGAAAGGCUGGUACGUGGACAGUCCGCAAACUCUUCUGAAGCUUGAGACGAAGCCAGGCGAAGCCAUCACCCUCGUGCCGGCCGAACAGAACCUGCCGUCGAUCAAGCAUACGUUCACCAUAUCGGCAUUCAGUGACUCGCCAAUCACGCUAGCCGAAGCAAAGAUGCGAUAUCCUUACUCAAAUACCUACUGUGGCAACUGGACUAGAGAUAUGGCCGGUGGCAACGCGCAUAGUCCGACUUACUCUACCAACCCACAGUAUUGGAUUGACGUUUCCCGGCGAACGAACAUUAGCAUUCUCCUAGACGCCGUGGAUGAAGACCUUAACCUGCACUUCAAGCUCGUACACAGCAACGGCAAACGGGUUCAUUCGGUCCGCAACAGAGACAUCGUUUUCGACAGUAAGGACUACCGGCGUGGCUGCUGUCAUGCCGAGUUUGUGGAUCUGGAAGCUGGAAAGUACACAAUCAUCUGCAGCACCUUCGAGCCAAACCAGUACGGAAGCUUCACGCUCUUCGUAGAGUCCAACGAGCCUGCGCAGGUUGUACAGUUGCCAAAGGAAGGCGCAGGUAGGCUGCAAUUAGAUCUCAAGAGCGCAGUGUUUAAGGCAGGACAAAGCAAGAUCGCGGCGCCGCUGGUCCCACGGCGGCUCAUCAAACUGUACGCAAUCGUGCGAUAUCUGGAAAGCAGCUCAGCAUCGCAGCGCGCUGCAUCUGCCCGCUCGCUCGUCCGCAUGAGCAUAGAGAUCGGCCGCGGCCCUGAACGUCGGGUACUCGUUGCUUCCAAUGAAGGCGAGUAUUCGGACAAUGCUGGCGGCAUCCGCACCGAGGACAUUGAUCUGAGUCCGGACAUGAGACGCUUGGGCGAUAUCUGGCUUAUCCUGGACCGGGUGUAUGUCAAUGCAGAAGAGCGAGAGGAGACACUGUCCGUCGAGCUAUUUGUUGAUACGCCUGAUGGCAUCAGCUGUGGUGACUGGCGUGAGCGUGACGAGUGA